GCACAUAUAUAUAUAGUGUAGGACCAGCCCAUCUCAUCAUCAACUCUGCUCCUCAGACUAGCCCUCGACCACACUUGUCAACUCACCAUCUUACCCAUCAAUUAUCGUAUAAUCAAACCAACUAUGGCUACCACACCGCCCACCAACUCCUCACCAGGAGGCACCAUCACCCUCCGCCUCCCCUACAAAUACUCCCACUCCUCCCCACCCCCACAAACCAUCCGCUUCCCACCGCUCGGCUUCCUCCACCGCACCUGGUCCGUAACCCACUCGACCCUCUCCAUGUGGCGUUCGGCCCGCAACGUCCGCAUCACGUACCGCCCCCUUACCCCGACUAAAGAUGGCCGUCCCCGUAUCGACGACCUGGUCGAAUACGAAUCCCUCUCCGGUUCAGGAGGCGUCAAGACCGUCGCGGGAGUCGACACGGGUAACUGGGACAAUAUCCAAGAGGAUACGACCAGCUGGGACUGGCGCGGGAGCGGGUGGUUGUUUUUUGUGAGCAGUCAUUGGGAGGUGCUGGGUUGGGGGGAACGCAAGAAUGAGGAGACCGGGGAGGUCGAGGAGAGAUGGGCGGUUACGUGGUUUGCGUCGACGCUUUUUACAAAGGAAGGGGUGGAUGUUUAUAGUGAUCGGCCAGAAGGGGGGAGUAAGGAGUUGGUGGAGGAGGUGUUGAAAGUGUUGGGGGAGGUGUUGACAGAAGGCGGGGAGGGGACGAGGGGCUUGAAGGAGAUGGUGGAGAGGGAUAUGAGGGAGGUGAAGAUUAGUUUGCCUUGGAAGGAGAGGUGAGUGGGAUACAGGUUCGGGGGGAUUGAAGUCGGAUUGGGAGUUUUUGGAUGGGAUUAUAUUUGGAUGGGUAUCUUGUUGGCUAUUUAUGUUGACGCUGAGGUUUUUAUCUACUCUGGAUUUUGCGCAAUGCAAGAAUAAUGAGGAUGCUAUGCUUGUUCGUCUCUUGGA